UUUGUGGCGCACAGCAGCGAGCAGGGCAAGGUGUCCGGGGGCGGCGUGCUGACGCCAUCGCCUCGCGCCCUUGGCUGCUCCGAAAUCUUCUUUUUUUUUUUUUUUCGUGCAACCCGAAUUCAAAAAAAAAAAAAAAAAAAAAAAAAAAAAAAAAAAAAAGGAAGAGACGAUAUUUAGAGCAGCCGUCAUAUUAAUUGCGAUUAACCACACAACAACAACACCCAAAGAUUUCAAGAUUUUUCAACGUCUUGAAAAAGGAACUUUCGUUCUGUCAUGGAUUCCAUACCUGAUCCUUCCAAUCAGAGGGGACUGCGAGGCUCCUCCCGCUCACCUAGGUCACCAGGCUCCGCCUCCCAGUCCCAGAAGAAAGUGACUAAGAAGGGAAGCCAGAGUUCGAGGCUGCAGGAAGAAAAGAAGAAAGGAAGGAUGAACAGGAGCCGCGGAGAAGAGGAGAUGAGCAAGCAGCUCGGACACCUGGAUCUCGGGAGCUCUCCUGUGGGCGAGGGUACCGGGCUAGCAUUUACUGAAAAAUGCAAAAAGUACAGCUGUCUGUGGGACGCCAGCCACCUGGAGUGUCCAGACAGACUGACCGCGGUGAUGGAGAAGGUGGAGCAGUACGGGCUGCUGUCGCGCUGUGCCCGGGUUGAGGAGAGGUCUGCAGUGGAAGAUGAGCUUUUACUGGUUCACAGCUCGGAAUAUGUGGCACUGAUGAGAUCCACGGAGCACAUGGGACAGGAGGAGCUGCGAUCGCUUUCUGACACAUACGACUCCAUCUACAUUCACCCUGAGUCUUUUCGCUGUGCCAGCCUGGCAGCCGGGUCCGUGCUGCAGCUUGUGGACAGAGUGAUGGCAGCCCAGCUUCGAAACGGCUUUUCUAUUGCCAGACCGCCUGGUCACCACGCCCAGAGGGACCGAAUGAACGGCUACUGCAUGUUUAAUAACCUGGCCAUCGCCGCGCGCUACGCCAAGCAGAGAUACCACCUCAAGAGGGUCCUCAUUGUGGAUUGGGAUGUUCACCAUGGUCAAGGAACGCAGUAUAUAUUUGAGGAUGAUCCCAGACCUUGGGCGGGAGAAAACCGGUAUGAAGACGGGCGCUUUUGGCCCCACCUGCAGGAAUCUGACAGUACUGCAAUCGGCAAAGGAAAAGGAGAGGGCUUUAACAUCAACCUCCCCUGGAACCAGCCUGGAAUGAGCGAUGCUGAUUAUAUCUCAGCCUUCCAACAGCUUCUCCUGCCCGUCGCGUACGAGUUCAGGCCUGAGCUGGUGCUGGUCGCUGCUGGGUUCGACUCUGUGGUUGGGGAUCCAAAGGGGGAGAUGUCUGCGACACCAGCGUGCUUCGCUCACCUCACACACAUGCUGCAGUCGCUGGCCCAGGGCAGGCUCGUCCUAUCUUUGGAGGGGGGCUACAAUCUGCGGUCAACCGCGGAGGGGGUGUGCGCCUGUUUGAAGAUGCUUUUGGGGGACCCCUGUCCCAGACUGGAGUCCCCUUUCUCUCCCUGUCAGAGUGCUUUGGACUCGGUCUCCAAGACAUUGGCUGCCUGUUCCAAGUACUGGAAAAGCCUGCAAGUUCUGGACCUGGCCCAGGAGACUGGGAGCUGUGGUUUGAACCCGGAUCCUGCAGUGGAAUCUGAUGCAGUGCUGGACCGCUCUAUGAGGGAGGUGAUGAGGGGGCUGCCCUCGGCACGCACUGGCCUGGUGUACGAUGAGAGGAUGAAGGAGCAUCACAACAUGUGGGACAGUCACCACCCAGAGCUGCCUCAGAGAAUCUCUCGUAUCUUCUCCCGUCACGAGGAGCUGGGAUUGGUCAGCCGUUGCCAACGGAUACCGGCUCGCCACGCCACUGAGGAAGAGCUCACCUUGUGCCACGGCGCUGAACACAUCACCAGGAUGAAGUCGACGGAGGGGAUGAAGCCUCGGGACCUGCACAGGCAGAGCGAGGAGUACAACUCCAUCUUCAUCAGCCCACAGUCCUACAAGAGCGCCCUGCUCGCUGCGGGAGCCUGCUUCAGAGCUGCAGAGGCCAUCCUCACGGACAAGGUCAUCACACAGGGAGAGAGGGGGAGACAUAGGCAGAGACACACAGAGACAGAGAGAGAGAGAGAGGGGGUUUGGGGGGGGGGGGGGAGGAGGGGUCCAGUCCUUCCUAUGCGCCACCGGAUAGCAAGGCCGGGGGACCUGUGGUACGGGCUCGCUCUGAGCCCGGACGCCCCCAAGACAAAGAAGUUGUGCCCAGCAUCCCUUAAUUGGUUUCUCGUUUGCAGGGUUCUGAUUCUGGAUUGGGACGUUCACCACGGCAACGGAACGCAGCACAUCUUUGAGGACGACCCCAGCGUGCUAUAUGUGUCGCUGCAUCGCUAUGACAACGGGCUCUUCUUCCCCUCCUCCUUGGAUGCGGGUUCCGACCGGGCGGGGACGGGGAGGGGUCUGGGGUACAACGUCAACAUCCCCUGGAACGCCAGCAGGAUGGGCGACCCGGAAUACAUGGCAGCCUUCCAGAGAGUCGUCAUGCCCAUUGCAUACCAGUUUAACCCGGAGCUGGUUCUGGUCUCGGCUGGAUUCGACGCCGCUCGCGGUGACCCGCUGGGCGGUUGCCUGGUCACCCCGGAAUGCUACGGUCACAUGACCCACAUGCUGCAGGGCCUGGCUGGAGGACGAGUGCUGAUCGCGCUGGAGGGUGGGUACAACCUGUCCUCCAUCUCUGAUUCCAUGUCCGCGUGCACCAGCGUUCUCCUGGGGGACAGCCUCCCCGACCUGGGCCAGCUGACCCCUCCCCACCCUAGCGCUGUCCAGUCGCUGCACAGCGUCCUGCACACGCACAGAGCUCACUGGAGCGCCCUGCGACUGGCGGUUCCAGAGAGAGUGCCGUCCCGCUUGACCACCCCCAGGCAUAAAGGUCAAAGGGCCAAAACGUCACCCAGACAGGAAGUGACCCCGCAGAAACGCCCGCCCGGAGAGGAGGCACACCCUUUGACCCCAGAAGGGGCGACGACCCCUGACAACAGCCCCUCCGUGAGCCCUGCGGCCGUGGCAACGGUUGCCGACGACUCUGUUGAUCAAAUCACAGCGGGCCUGCAGUCAGUGGCCCUCGGAAGCAGCCCCGAAACUCAGACCAAUCAGAGCCCUGCUUCCGUGGCUGUGGGCGGAGCCCGGAGGAAAGUAAAGCCCCCCUCCCCUGAGAGCAGGGGAAAGGGUCAAAGGAAGAGGUCGGGCGGGGGUGAAAGUUCAAAGGGCACACCGUCGACCCCAGGGAAAACAGAGGUGGUGAAAUCGAAAGAAAAUGUGGUGAAGAUUGAAAACACAGAGCCCUCCUCCCUUCCUGCUCUUGCCGGGGAAGAUAAGGAAACGCUGCUGGCUUCUGGCUGGUCGAACCCGCUGAAGUCUCAGUCAGUCUGUGAGGUGUUCUGCAAAACCCAGGAUGUGGAAGGGGGAACGAUGUUCGCGGUGGAGCCGUUGCCAUGGUGCCCGCACCUGGAGACCGUUAACCCCUUGCCUGCCGCGGGGCUUGAUGUGUUCGCGCCGUGCAGAGACUGUGGGAGCGAGGCUGAGAACUGGGUCUGUUUGGUGUGCUAUCAGGUGCUCUGUGGUCGCUAUGUCAACCAGCACAUGAUGGAACACAGCCAGAACUCUGCCCACAGCCUGGUGUUAAGCUUCUCUGACCUGUCAGCCUGGUGUUAUGACUGCGAGGCUUACAUCCACAACCAGGUACUUUUUGACGUGAAGAACGCAGCGCACAGGAUCAAGUUCGGAGAGAGCAUGCCGGAAUUUCAUUAAAACAAAAGGAAAGGGGAUGUCUUUGAUCGCUACGGGACGUCUUUCAGGUCACGGUCGCCUCUAGCGUUUUCAUCUUCUAAAAAAAUUAAAAUAUGUGUUGAAUCAGGUGGUUCUGAAGUUCCGAGCUGUGCUGCCGUGGCGAUAUAUCUGCACAGGGUGGAACGCUUGGGUUAGCCAAUGAUCUCGUUCUUUCUGUUCUUGACGUUUUAUAAUGAACAAUCCUUGUUUAUUAUUAUUAUUAUUAUUAUUAUUAUUAUUAUUAUGCAUAGUGUUACCAAAAAUUAUAAGAGAAUAGUCCUGGCAAUAUAUACACUGCAGGGAUGGGAAUCAGUGCCACCCAGCCCCCAGUGUGUCUAGCUAACAAGCUCAAUCCUGGCUAUGAGGAUGUUGUGCUAAAGAGAAGGGCAUUGCUUCCUGGUCCUCCCUGUGCUAACCUGUCUGGACAGCGUCUCAUAUACAAUUAAAGUUUUGCUAAACUAA